CUCAGCAGCCUCACUUUGUAACCCUAGCUAUUUCUCUUCUUUAUAUUUAGGCUCUCAGAUCUCUCUUUGUUUUUCCUUUUAAUAAUUUCGUCGACACAACCAAGAAACAAACAGCGAUGGCCGGAAAAGGAGAAGGCCCAGCUAUCGGAAUCGAUCUCGGGACCACGUACUCGUGCGUGGGAGUAUGGCAACACGAUCGCGUCGAGAUCAUUGCCAACGACCAGGGCAACAGAACGACGCCGUCCUACGUGGCCUUCACCGAUACGGAGCGUUUGAUAGGCGAUGCGGCCAAGAACCAGGUCGCCAUGAACCCCAUCAACACCGUCUUCGAUGCAAAGAGGUUGAUUGGCAGGAGAUACAGCGAUGCCCCAGUUCAGAGUGACAUUAAGUUGUGGCCCUUCAAGGUCAUUAAUGGCCCUGGUGAGAAGCCCAUGAUUGUGGUCAACUACAAGGGUGAGGAUAAGCAAUUUGCCGCUGAAGAAAUCUCUUCCAUGGUUCUUAUGAAGAUGCGUGAGAUUGCUGAGGCUUACUUGGGUCUCCAAAUCAAGAAUGCCGUGGUCACUGUUCCUGCGUACUUCAAUGACUCUCAGCGUCAGGCUACCAAGGACGCUGGUGUCAUUGCCGGUCUCAAUGUUAUGCGUAUAAUCAAUGAGCCUACCGCGGCGGCCAUUGCCUAUGGUCUGGACAAGAAAGCAACAAGUGUCGGCGAGAAAAAUGUCUUGAUUUUUGAUCUUGGUGGUGGUACCUUUGAUGUCUCUCUUCUCACUAUUGAAGAGGGUAUCUUUGAGGUGAAAGCCACUGCUGGUGACACCCAUCUUGGCGGUGAAGAUUUUGAUAACAGAAUGGUGAACCACUUUGUUCAGGAAUUCAAGAGAAAGAACAAGAAGGACAUCAGUGGCAACCCUAGAGCUCUUAGGAGGUUGAGGACAUCGUGUGAGAGGGCUAAGAGAACUCUCUCAUCCACUGCCCAGACAACCAUUGAAAUUGAUUCUUUAUAUGAAGGAAUUGAUUUCUACUCCACUAUUACCCGUGCCAGAUUUGAGGAGCUUAACAUGGAUCUCUUUAGGAAGUGUAUGGAACCUGUUGAGAAGUGUUUGAGGGAUGCAAAGAUGGACAAGAGCACAAUCCAUGAUGUUGUCCUUGUUGGUGGCUCAACCAGAAUUCCCAAGGUCCAGCAGCUUUUGCAGGACUUCUUCAACGGGAAGGAGCUCUGCAAGAGCAUCAAUCCUGAUGAGGCGGUUGCUUACGGUGCUGCAGUCCAAGCUGCUAUUUUGAGCGGUGAGGGCAACGAGAAGGUGCAGGAUCUACUGCUUUUGGAUGUCACCCCUCUCUCCCUUGGUCUGGAAACUGCCGGAGGUGUCAUGACUGUGUUGAUUCCCAGGAACACUACCAUCCCUACGAAGAAGGAGCAGGUGUUCUCUACCUACUCUGACAACCAGCCUGGUGUGCUGAUCCAGGUCUACGAGGGUGAGCGGACAAGGACCAGGGACAACAACUUGCUUGGUAAAUUUGAGCUUUCCGGAAUCCCUCCUGCUCCCAGGGGUGUUCCUCAGAUCACAGUGUGCUUUGACAUUGAUGCUAAUGGUAUCUUGAACGUGUCUGCGGAGGACAAGACCACCGGUCAAAAGAACAAGAUCACCAUUACCAAUGACAAGGGUAGACUCUCAAAGGACGAGAUUGAGAAGAUGGUUCAAGAGGCAGAGAAGUACAAGUCGGAGGACGAAGAGCACAAGAAGAAGGUGGAGACCAAGAAUGCCCUGGAGAACUAUGCAUACAACAUGAGGAACACUGUGAAAGAUGAGAAGAUUGGUGCCAAGCUUCCUCCAGCUGAUAAGAAGAAGAUCGAGGAUGCCAUUGAGCAGGCCAUCCAGUGGCUCGACAGCAACCAGCUAGCGGAGGCUGAUGAGUUCGAGGACAAGAUGAAGGAAUUGGAGAGCAUCUGCAACCCAAUUAUUGCCAAGAUGUACCAGGGUGCUGGAGCUGACAUGGGUGAUGGUGCGGAUGAGGAUGUUCCCGUCGGAGGCGGUGGUGCUGGCCCCAAGAUCGAGGAAGUUGACUAAACUGUUGGUCAUUUGCCAGUAUCUUAGUUUAUUUUUUUAAGCUUGAUGGAUUUUUUUUUCUCUUUAUCGGAUUUUGAAUUCCAAUUUGUGGCUUUGAAGCUAUAUUAGUAGUUUUGUUCAAAAGCCAAAAUGAUAUCUUUAUGUUACUCGUUUUUAAUAGACAGUUACAUUGAGGCAUCGUUGCCUGGACCUUAAUUUCAA